UUCUUUCUGGGAUUAAAGUCGGAUUUUUCGUCAUUGGUUUCUUAAACAUUUUCAUACUAAUAUUGUGUUCAUGGGCAUUGAUUUAAUUCAUCUUAUAUUUUGAACAAUUGGUAUUGUUUACUUGUUCAUUUGGGUAUGUGAGUCGUGUCCUGCUUGUUCAUUUGGGUAUGUGAGUCGUGUCCUGCAGUGUAAGGAAUUAUUGUUGACAACAUACGACAACUCUUAAUCCUUGCUAGUUGCUCCAUAUAUAUUUUGGUUUCGCAAUCAAGGAAGUUGGAUGAGGUACGUAGCUCAUACCACAAACUCCAUGAUUAUGGGUAUCUUUGCUGCAAUCAUAGUAUCAUACACAAGUAAUUAACAGAAAGCGCACCAGCAGAUCCAACUUUGCGGUUGGUACUCAUCAACAUGGGAGGGGAGGCCCAUUCUAUAGCCACAGAAAAAGCUGAGCCAGUGGCUGUGGUUCCAAUUAGAUCAUAUGAGAGAUGAUAUCCUCCGUUUUCAUUUCCAACUUUAUGUCUUACUUACAUUGACAUUCUAUCCAUCCAAUCCAAUCCCUGGUUUGGUCUUCCAAAAACAAAUGAAAUGAGAUCAUUUCCUGUUCCUCUCCCAUAAAAUUUUAAGUCUACUUUUUCAUCUCAUCAUCAUUAGGAUAAAUUUUAAUCAGGAAGAAAAAGUAGUAGUAAGGUUUCAGUGUAUGAGGAAACCUCCAAGGUUCUUCAUCCCGUUAGUGCCACUUGAACGUUCAACACAUGUUCCAGAGGCCCUACUUCAAUCUCUCUGCUUUUCAACUAUCGGUAUUGCCAAUACGGUAUUGGCAAGGUUCGAGGAUCAUGACAAACCCUAAAAGCUUUGCAAAUAUGUCUUUUGGUAUUCGGAUUCCAGUGGUUGCCCUUUAUUCACUGUCCUUCUGGUCCCUAGAUUUUCUUGAUGCUUCUACAUAAACCAAGUAACUAAUAAUCAGAGAGUAAAUUAAGCGGUUAUUAACCACAGAUGCAUAACUAACUAAAGAACUAGGGGUUCUGAGCCCAAGCUUUUCGUAGGGAUCAUAUAUUUUUCUUUUGUUUUUCAUUAUUUAUAUUAGGGGAUUAUUAACUUUUGCGGUUUAUUCCUUCAUACUCUGUUAGGGUUCUGAUCUUUUGAAAGUAAGAACUUUUCAUCUCCUUACCCACACAUGACGUCUCAGAAUUCUCUGUAGGAGAAUCAAGAAAAUCGUUUUGUGAUUCUCUUUAUAUCGCUCUGGCUUUUGCCCUACCCGUUUUCAUCUAUCAGUUGCCAUAUGCGUAUAUAUUGAUCACAGAUUCAAUUAAUCAGCAGCAGCUGCCUCUGUAUCAUUAAGAUUUGAUAUAGAGGAUGACUUUUGAUCAGUUGGAAUUGGUUCCUUGCAUUUUCAUGGAAAAGUACUACUGCUAUUCUAAAGUAGGCCAUAUAUUAUUUGAUUUGGAGGGCGAGUUGCAUCCAACCUAAGGGGAAAGAUUUUUGAACCAAAGAUACAAAUAUGGAGCUUCUGGGAUUGCAUUUCGGGCACGUGUACGGACGUAUGUGCUAGCACCGGCUUCGUGGCAGUCGGCUUAGAUCCAAGUUUUCUACAUCACAAUGCUGUCGUUUCUACCUAGCUUACGAUUUAUCCUCAUGCCAUAUCAUCACUUAGAAGAGAACAAGUUUUCUGAGCUGCGCAACUAAUCAUCAGUAGCCAUGGAGACACCAACUAAUGAGAACAAUAACAACAAUGGUGCUAAUAGUACUAGUCACAACAUGCACCACUUCAUGGAAAUGGGCAUGGAUGUUCACAAGGUUGUUCCACCCCCAUACAGAAGCACCUUUCAGAAGCUCAAGACCAAGCUCAAGGAGACCUUCUUCCCUGAUGACCCUUUGCACCAGUUUAAAGGCCAAACCUCCAAGAAAAAAUGGAUUCUUGGGGCUCAGUAUGUGUUCCCUAUCCUUGAAUGGGGUCCUACUUACAGCUUCAAGCUCUUCAAAUCUGACAUUGUUUCUGGCCUCACCAUUGCUAGUUUAGCCAUCCCACAGGGUAUCAGUUAUGCUAAGCUGGCUAAUCUACCUCCCAUUGUGGGUUUAUAUUCAAGCUUUGUUCCUCCUUUGUUGUAUGCUGUUUUGGGAAGCUCAAGGGACCUUGCAGUAGGGCCUGUUUCUAUUGCUUCACUAAUAAUGGGAUCAAUGCUUAUGCAAGAAGUUUCUCCCUCUAACGAACCGGUCUUGUUCCUUCAGCUAGCCUUCACUUCUACUUUCUUUGCUGGUAUCUUGCAGGCUUCUCUAGGAUUUCUAAGGCUUGGAUUUAUUAUUGAUUUUCUUUCAAAGGCCACUCUUAUUGGCUUCAUGGCCGGAGCUGCUGUAAUAGUUUCUCUGCAACAGCUUAAAAGCCUCCUUGGGAUAACAAAUUUCACCAAGAAAAUGGCUUUGAUCCCCGUUUUGACCUCUGUCUUUAAAGAAAGGAAGGAGUGGUCAUGGCAAACUAUACUCAUGGGUUGCUGCUUCCUUGUCCUGCUACUGCUCUCCAGACACAUUAGCAUGAAAAAGCCAAAGCUGUUCUGGGUCUCAGCUGGUGCACCUCUGGUGUCUGUGAUCCUCUCCACCCUAAUUGUGUUUGCAGUCAAAGCCAAUAACCAUGGCAUCAGUGUGAUUGGAGAGUUACAGAAAGGGUUAAACCCACCUUCAUAUAACAUGUUGCAGUUCAAAGGAACACAUCUAGGACUAGCAAUUAAGACUGGGAUUACCACUGGGAUUAUUUCUCUCACUGAAGGUAUUGCAGUUGGAAGGACUUUUGCUGCUAUAAAAGACUACCGGGUAGAUGGAAACAAGGAGAUGAUAGCAAUUGGCAUCAUGAACAUUGUUGGCUCUACUACUUCCUGUUACAUUACAACCGGUUCAUUCUCACGGUCAGCUGUGAAUCACAAUGCCGGAGCAAAAACAGCGCUCUCCAACAUAGUAAUGUCAGUGGCGGUUAUGGUGACACUGCUCUUCCUAAUGCCACUGUUCCAGUACACACCAAAUGUCAUAUUGGGUGCAAUCAUAGUGACUGCUGUGAUUGGUCUCAUUGAUGUUCCUGCUGCUUAUCACAUAUGGAAGGUUGACAAAUAUGAUUUCCUUGUCUUGGUAUGUGCUUUCUUCGGAGUCAUUUUCAUCUCUGUCCAAGAAGGCCUUGCCAUUGCUGUUGGAAUAUCGGUUUUCAAGAUUAUGCUGCAAGUUACUAGGCCGAGGACAGUGAUUUUGGGAAAUAUACCGGGGACAGAUAUAUUUAGAGAUCUACAGCAUUACAAGGAAUCGACAGCAACUGUCCCUGGUUUCCUCAUUAUAAGUAUUGAAGCUGCAAUCAACUUUGCCAAUACAACAUAUCUCAAUGAAAGGAUUUUAAGAUGGGUAGAAGAAGAAGAUGAAGGGAAAAAACUUUCGAGCGUUCGAUAUGUUAUUAUAGACAUGACAGCUGUGAGCACCAUUGACACAACUGGCAUCACACUUUUUGGAGAUUUGAGGAAAUCACUCCUAAAAAGAGGAGUUGAGCUAGUGUUGGUAAAUCCACUGUCUGAGGUCAUGGAGAAACUGCAAAAGGCAUAUGCAGGCGAAGAGAUGAUGAAACCAGAUGCCCUUUACUUGACAGUAGGAGAGGCCGUAGCGUCAUUGUCCAUAUCGAUGAAGAAUCAAGCUUCAAAUAUAUACAACGAGGGAUGGCAGAAGCAGCAGCAGCAGCAGCAGCAACAGGAGAAGCCAAAUGUGAAUGAGAGUUCCCAAAGUGAAUAGUUACGUACUUAAUGAACACAGCAGCCCAAAAUAAGAUUUUCAGAUACAAAUGAAGUGAAUGAGCAUUGUUAGAAUUUCUACAACCAUAUUUGGAGCUCUGUGCGACUCAUGCUUUUCCUCUAUCACCUUCCUUAUACGUGUUUCAGUGUCUCUGUAAUUUGUUCUUCAAUUCUACACAUGAAUUCAAAGUAACCUUGUAGUUU